AUGGAGAGGACGAUUAUUUUCUGUAUGCUUUUCUUCUUUUCCAGUACAGUGCUGGCUGCAGCUUCACACAGAGCAGUAAAAUACAGACAGAUUCUCCUGGUAAUUGAAAAGUUAGAACACGCAGUGAAAGAUAAGGAUGUUGAAUGGCUGCAUACACCUGAAAACCCUGUGGAGGGAUGUGUGGACACAGCUCUGAGCUGCUUCAAGAAGGGCACGCUGCAAUUACAACCCUUGAACAGCCAAGUGAACGCUACGUUCACCAAAGCCAUCAAAGUCUUCAGAAAAUACACCAUCAGAAGUCCUGGAAAGCAGUGUGAGUCUUCAUGUGAAUCCUACAAGAAGAAACCCCCCAAAGAGUUUUUGACGAGCUUUGCAAAACUAAUCCAAAAGAUAGGAAAUGGGGACAAAAUUGCUACUGUUUCUCGCACUCUAAGAGAAACGUGUCUCAAUCGCACAGACUUUGUACUUCAAGUUUGGGAGAACCUGGGAGAUCAGUCUGGGCAUGGGAAGAUAACAUUUGGAACACGAGACAUGGAAAAUGAAAAGUACAGUAAUUUGAAUAACGGUGGGAAGGCCAAUACCCCCGAAAAUUUCUCCAUCGCUUUGGCUUCCACUGCCAAAUUUGUCACUAAGAAAGUCCAGAGACCAAGUGACAAACCAGCACUAAAAUUUCAACCUCCCUUUCCACAGUACAUUCUACUGACCUUCAUAUCUGCCUGUUGA